AUGCCGCCCGUGGGUAAAGCAAAGAAGGGCAAGAGGCGGGGGAGGAAGGCCCUUGACCCGAUUGCCCUUGAGCGGGCCCGCAUUGAGGAGAUUGAGCGGCGGGGCCGCGAGGAGGCCAUUCUGCUGGCUCGUUUACGGGAACUAACGGAGGAGGAGGAGGCCAUGACGCUUCGGUCCACCAACAUUGUGGAGGCGCGAUGGAUGGUUUUUCUGCGAGAGUGCAAGCAGAAGGAGCUCAUUGCGGAGAUUGAGAUUGUGCGGCGCGCGUUUGAGAUGGCCAUUGACCGCAAGAAUGCCGUGAUUGAGAUGCUCUUUAACGACCUUGCGGAGGUGGAGGAGCAGCACCGUCUUGUAUUUCGGUCGCACAUGACGACGGUGGAUGCGCUCACUCAGAUGCAGGUCAGGCGCAUGGCGGGCUUAGAGUCUGAGUUCGAGGAAGACCUUUUUGAGAUGAAGACGGACUAUGAGAAGGAGAUGCUGGAACUCGUUCGCAAGCACGAGCACGAGGUGGCGGAUCUCAAGCUUAUCCUUGACAACAUGGCCUCCGAGGCGGAACAGCUGCAGAAGAAGCUGCAGGAGGAAACCUCCGAGGCGCAUGAUACCGCGCUAGAAAAAAUGGAAGAGGAGCGCAAACAAAUGCAGAACAAACUUUUAAAAACCAGCGAAUCCAUUCGAGCCGAGUUAGACGCACGUUACAAGGAGUUUAUGACAACGGCACAGGUGAACAUGAAAGAUUACAUGGACAAAUCGAAAGAGGAUGCCGAGACGACAGAACACAUUGCCUCACAGCUGAGACGUAUUGAAAAACUUCAGGAAAAUGUGACGUCGUGGCGAACAAACCUCGCGCGUAAUGCGAGGGAGUGGGAGGAAAAGAACAGCGCCAUCCAGCAGGAACGCGACGCCACCAUUCGACACCUUAAGGCGCUUAAGAACAAGAUGGAAAACUGGCGAAACAAGGAGGCCUCUCGACUCGCGGAGUUUAUCAAAAAUGCAAAGGAUUGUGAGGAUCAACUUCGUGAAACGGUGAAUAGAGCCGAAAAAAUUUUGUGUCUGGUGGAGCUGGGUAAACCGCUGGAGACGGAGCGUGAACAGGUGUUGUCCUUUGAAUCGAACAUUGCCACCAGUGAGAUUGAACGGGAGGUAAAGCGAUUGAUAACGCACUCAGACGAUGUGGAAGCGCGGGACGAAUCGACCGCACCCGAUGGGGCGGCGUACUCAGAGGAGUGGCGGUUACUGGAACGCUUUUGGACGAAACACAACAAGGUGGUCCUUGACAAUGCCGCCCUCGCACAGGAAAAGUAUCAUCUAGAGGAGGAAAACAAGAAGCUGCAAGUGCUGCUCAAGCAGUACCUUGAAGAAAUUAGCGUUAGCGAUGCCGUGAUGCAGGCGCCUAACACUCUUUUGCUCAUGAGUCGGGCCCCCAACGUGGUAGAAGCCGUAACGCGGGGGAAGCAGGGGCAGGUCGCCUACAAUACGGUGGUGGAGGGCAACAAGGUUGUUUCUGAUGUCAUGAAGCAGAUGGUUUUACGCUGA